UUAGUCAUCACUGGUUCAGAGCGGUAAGUGCGCGCUACGUUUUCUGUGCGACAUUUGCAAAGGCAAUCCGAUUGCCGCCUUCAGAGGUGCUGCUCCUGGACCAGACUACUGGACUACUACCGCGCCGUCAUGGCCAAGAGUGAUCAGGAGCUUCCCGAGGGAUUUCGCCAGCUAAAGACACAGGUUGCGGGUCACACAUUCGAGGAAAGCAACGCGGAGGCAGUGGGUCUUCUGCAGGACUCGAAGGCGGGAUGCGUACUGAAGCCUCUGGGGAAGCCGGAGUGCGGCGAACGGGAGCUGCGCUUCUAUGAGUCACUCGCAGAGGCAGGUGCUUCAGGUGAUAAUGACCUCCUGGCGCUGCUCCGCGGUCACGUCCCCCGGUUUUACGGCCCCCUAAAACUGGUUGUGAAUCGGCGCGAGCGCACGUUCCUGCGCCUGGAAGACCUCACGCGAUCGUACGCAAAGCCGUGCGUCAUGGACGUGAAGAUGGGUAAACGAACUUGGGAUCCAGAGUCCUCGCCCAACAAACGAAAGGUUGAGGAGGCCAAGUACGUUAUGUGCAAGCAAAAGCUGGGCCUUUGCUUGCCGGGAUUCCAAGUGUACCUUCCCAAGGAGGAGCACACUCAGGAGACCACAAUCCUGCGCCACGGGAAGGACUACGGGAAGAGCUUGAAUGUGGAGGGAUUCAAGCAAACUAUGGCCCUGUUUUUCAAUGCCAGCACAAGUGAUUCCAAGAGCAGGAGAGCGGGCUGUGAGUUGCUUUUGAAGGAAGUACUCCGCCAGCUGCAGGAGAUCCUAGCGUGGUUUCAACGGCAGCGCCUGCUGCAUUUCUAUGCCAGUUCUUUGCUCAUCUGCUACGACUAUUCAAGACUGGCUGAUCCCCCAAAGCCGUUGAUAAACGGCUACCACCAAAAUGAUGAUGACCCCGCCACUUGGGUGCGGGUCAAAAUGAUCGACUUUGCUCAUGUUUACCCGGCAGAACAGGGCUUGCCGGACGAGAACUACAUGUUCGGUCUCCAGAGCCUGAUAGAAGUCGUCCAAUCAAUACUCCACCGAUGAUGAUCAAAGCGGACCAAGACCACUCAAAGAUGUAGUAGAAGUUCCAAUCUCAUUGCAAUGAGACACUUUUGUAUUAUCGUCUAAGCCAAAUGAUUAGUCCACAGUAGAUACCCAUCCGUUUAAGGAACACGGGCGGAGCUACUCUAAACGUAGAAUAAAACCAGAUUUUUUAG